GGUCCCGGGGCGUGGCCUCCCGCAGGUGAGUCCAGCGGCGCCUCGGGUUUCCCUGAAACCUCACCCGCCCUGGGGAGGAGCGCAGAGGCUGCGAUUAGGGACAGACGAGAGGCUGACUUUCUCUCGGUGCGUCCAGUGGAGCUCUGAGUUUCGAAUCGGUGGCGGCGGAUUCCCAGCGCGCCCGGCGUCGGGGCUUCGGGGAGGAUGUGGCGCCCCAGCGCGGCGUGGCUGCUGGGGGCCGCCAUCCUGCUGGCAGCCUCUGUCUCCUGCAAUGGCACCAUCCAAGGAACCAAUAGAUCUUCUAAAGGAAGAAGCCUUAUUGGUAGGGUUGAUGGCACAUUCCACGUCACUGGAAACGGAGUUACAGUUGAACAAGCCUUUUCUGUGGAUGAGUCUUCUGCAUCUGUCCUCACUGGAAAACUGACCACUGUCUUCCUUCCAAUUGUCUACACAAUUGUAUUUGUGGUGGGUUUGCCAAGUAAUGGCAUGGCCCUGUGGGUCUUUCUUUUCCGAACUAGGAAGAAGCACCCUGCUGUGAUUUACAUGGCCAAUCUGGCCUUGGCUGACCUCCUCUCUGUCAUCUGGUUCCCCUUGAAGAUUGCCUAUCACAUACAUGGCAACAAUUGGAUUUACGGGGAAGCUCUUUGUAACAUGCUUAUUGGCUUUUUCUAUGGCAACAUGUACUGUUCCAUUCUCUUCAUGACCUGCCUCAGUGUGCAGAGGUAUUGGGUCAUCGUGAACCCCAUGGGGCACUCCAGGAAGAAGGCAAACAUUGCCAUUGGCAUCUCCCUGGCAAUAUGGCUGCUGAUUCUGCUGGUCACCAUCCCCUUGUAUGUCGUGAAGCAGACCAUCUUCAUUCCAGCCCUGAACAUCACGACCUGUCACGAUGUUUUGCCUGAGCAGCUCUUGGUGGGAGACAUGUUCAAUUACUUCCUCUCUCUGGCCAUUGGGGUUUUUCUGUUCCCAGCCUUCCUCACAGCCUCUGCCUACGUGCUGAUGAUCAGAAUGCUGCGAUUUUCUGCCAUGGAUGAAAACUCACAGAAGAAAAGGAAGAGGGCCAUCAAACUCAUUGUCACUGUCCUGGCCAUGUACCUGAUCUGCUUCACUCCUAGUAACCUUCUGCUCGUGGUGCAUUAUUUUCUGAUUAAGAGCCGGGGCCAGAGCCAUGUCUAUGCCCUGUACCUUGUAGCCCUCUGCCUCUCUACCCUCAACAGCUGCAUCGACCCCUUUGUCUAUUACUUUGUUUCACAUGAUUUCAGGGAUCAUGCAAAGAACGCUCUCCUUUGCAGAAGUGUCCGCACUGUAAAGCAGAUGCAAGUAUCCCUCACCUCACAGAAACACUCCAGGAAGUCCAGUUCUUACUCUUCAAGUUCAACCACCGUUAAGACCUCCUAUUGAGUUUCCCAAGUCCUCAGAUGGGAAUUGCACCAUAGGAUGUGGAGCCUGUUUAAUGUUAUGGGGAUGUGUCUCUUAUUUCCUAACCAAACGCAUCUCACCGCAUACCAUGUGGAUGCAGCACCUCUUAGGAUUGCUAGGAGCUCCCCUGUUUGCAUGAGAAAAGUAGUCCCUCAAAUUAACAUCAGUGUCCGUUUCAGAAUUCCUCUACUCAGAUGUCCCCAGAAACUGAACCAACAGAAGCAGACUUUUCAGAAGAUGGUAAAGACAGAAACCCAGUAACUUGCAAAAAGUAGACUUGGUGUGAAGACUCACUUCUCAGCUGAAAUUUUAUAUAUAUAUAUAUAUAUAUAUAUUUUACAACUGGGAUCGUGAUAGACUUGUUAGGGCUUCAAGGCCCUCAGAGAUGAUCAGUCCAAUCGAAUGACCUUACAAAUGAGGAAAUCAAGAUAAAUGAACUACCAGAAUCAGGUUUCCAAUCAACAGCAGCGAGUUUGGACGGUAGAAUUUCAAUGUCCAGUGAGUGAGGUUCUUGUACCACUUCAUCAAAAUCAUUAUGGAUCUUGGCUGGGUGCAGUGCCUCAUGCCUGUAAUCCCAGCACUUUGGGAGGCCAAGGCAGGCAGAUCACUUGAGGUCAGGAGUUUGAGACCAGCUUGGCCAUCAUGGCAAAACCUCGUCUCUACUAAAAAUACAAAAGUUAACCAGGUGUGGUGGUGCACAUCUGUAAUCACAGUUACUCAGGGGGCUGAGGCACAAGAAUCAAGUAUCGCUUUAACUCAGGAGGCAGAGGUUGCAGUGAGCUGAGAUCGCACCACUGCAUUCCAGCUUGGGUGAUAAAAUAAAAUAGUCAUGGAUCUUGUUAAAAUGCAGAUUCCUCAGAUUCAGUAAUGAGAGCUCAGACUCUGGGAACAGGGCCCAGGAAUCUGUGUGGUACAAACCUGUAUGAUGUUUAUGCACACGAAGAUUUGAGAACCAUUGUUCUAAAUGCUACUUCCAUUUGACAAUGAUAGUUUUCAAAAAAAGAAGCAAACAGUGGUGUCUCUUUUAUGUUCAACUUAUAAUGAAAUCUGUUUGUUGACUUAUUAGGACUUUGAAUUAUUUCUUUAUUAACCCUUUGAGCUUUUGUAUAUAUUAUUAUUCAAGAAAAAUACAAUCAGGAUUUUAAACGUGUAAAUACAAAUUUUGUAUAACUUUUUAUGACUUCAGUGAAAUUUUCAGGUAGUCUGAGUAAUAGAUUGUUUUGCCACUUAGAAUAGCAUUUACCACUUAGUAUUUAAAAAAAUUAUUGUUGAAGUAUUUAUUGUCAGUUUUGUUCACUUGUUAUCUAAUACGAAAUUAUAAAACUUUCAGAGAGUUUGGACCACAUCUCUUUGGAAAAUAGUUUGCAACAUGUUUAAAAGGUACUUGAUGCCAAACUGACUUUAUACAAUGAUUGUAUUUGUGACUUUUAAAAAUAAUUAUUUUAUUGUGUAAUUGAUUUAUAAAUAACAUAACUUUUUUUACAGCUUA